CAGGAACCACUUUAUUUAUGUUUAUCCAUGUGUGAGGCACCUAGUUAUUUAACCAUUUGAGUUUUGUGAAAAACAUGCAGAAUUGCCAAAAAUUCCUUCGAAUUGUGCCGCUGAUUGGCAACAGCAGCCGAGGUAUUGCCACUACAACUCCACUCGAAGGUAAACGUAACUUUCGCAAGUUUCUCGCACCUAAUAAGAGAGGCACACGCAGCGUAAAGGAGGCGCAGAAAAUACAAGCCAAUCCACCCGUUCCUAUUGAUAAGCGCGGCGUACGGGACACCGGUGUAACCAUUGAUGGCAGAUUUGUAGAGAUACCAGAACGUAUACCCGAAUUAAUAGUGCCGGAUUUAACCGAUUGCAAGCUGAAACCUUACGUCUCAUAUAAAGCACCGGAAGUGGUACAAUCAGAGUUUACCAGCUUGGAUUUGUUCAAUGCGGUAUAUUCCAAAAAGAUCAUUGAAGAUUUCAAGGAGAAUAAACUGAAUGAAGACAAUAGUCCAGUUAAUCCUUCCCAAGAAGAAUUGUUGACCCCUGAAGAGGCACUAAUUCGUGCGCGCAAAACCGGUUCAGAUAUUUUCUAGAGUACCCUUUUAUUAUUUAAUGGAAUUUUAUUGUGGUACUUAUACUAAAUUUAAUUUAAUUUACUCUUGAUAAUAUCUUUGUCGGUAAUUAUAUAAUUUGCGCAACCACUUUUCCGCCUUUAGAUCAGCG